UCCCGGCAGUAACCUUGUCAGCUGCUGCAACGUCACCGGGCAGUGCCAGGAUACCUUAGUAAAGAGCAGGCGUGUGUGUGAAUGGUUACGUGUUGGGCAAAGUACGCCCGUAAUUCCCAUUGUGUUGACAGCGAAUAAUUGUUUGGUAUAUGUCCGCACAUACACUUUAUAGUCUAUAGUAGUGACGUGUACGCUAAAGAGCUGUGUACCCGGUGAGAGACAGCUGCAUAGUCAGUGAUCAUGGCGCUGGCUUAUGAAAACCUGAAACUACAUGUAACGCCUGAGAAAUUUUAUGUGGAAGCUUGUGAUGAUGGAGCAGAGGAUGUUCUUUCCAUUGAUAGGGUUUCCACCGAAGUCACCCUUACAGUCAAAAAGGACAUACCUCCAUCUGCAAUCACACGACCAAUUUAUGGGAUUCUGGGAACAAUACGACUAGUUGCAGGAAUGUAUUUGAUUGUGAUAACACGUAAGAAGAAAGUAGGAGAACUUCUUAAUCAGCCAGUUUGGAAAGCAGUAGACUUUGACAUAAUUUCUUAUAAAAAGACAAUGUUACACUUAACAGAUACCCAGUUGCAGGAUAAUAAAGUCUUCCUUGCAAUGAUAAGUCACAUCCUGAGCGUUGAUGGAUUUUACUUCUCUACUACCUAUGACCUUACCCACACUCUACAGAGAUUAUCAAACACUAGUCCUGAAUUCCAAGAAAUGAGUCUGCUAGAACGGGCAGAUCAGCGGUUUGUGUGGAAUGGUCAUCUCCUUAGAGAGUUUGCUGCCCAACCGGAGAUACAGAAGUUUGCAAUUCCAGUGCUUCAUGGAUUCAUUGCAAUUCACUCAUGUUCUAUUAAUGGAAAGUAUUUUGAUUGGAUUCUUAUCUCUAGAAGAAGUUGCUUUCGAGCAGGUGUACGAUAUUAUGUUAGAGGUAUUGAUUCAGAAGGCCAUGCUGCUAACUUUGUGGAAACUGAGCAAAUAAUUCACUACAAUGGAAAUAAAGCUUCCUUUGUUCAGACACGUGGAUCUAUUCCAUUUUUCUGGUCGCAGAGACCAAACCUGAAAUACAAACCAAAACCACAGAUCAACAAAGUCGCCAACCAUAUGGAUGGGUUUCAGCGGCAUUUCGACUCACAGAUAAUUAGCUAUGGGAAGCAAGUUGUGCUUAACUUGGUUAACCAAAAGGGCUCUGAAAGACCAUUGGAACAAACAUUUGGAGAAAUGAUAGUUAGUCUUGGAAAUGGAUUGGUUAGGUAUAUUGCAUUUGAUUUCCAUAAAGAAUGCAGUAGAAUGCGUUGGGAUCGCCUGCAACUUUUAGUGAAUCAGGUUGCAGAAACUCAAGAUGAAUUUGGUUAUUUUCUGGUUGACUCUGAAGGCAAAGUGGUCAGUCAACAAGAAGGAAUUUUCCGAAGCAACUGCAUGGACUGUUUAGAUCGAACAAAUGUUGUGCAGAGUCUUUUGGCACGUCGCUCCCUUCAGGCUCAGCUACAGAGACUAGGGGUGCUCCAUGUUGGACAGCGAAUUGAAGAGCAAGCACAGUUUGAAAAGAUUUAUAAAAAUGCUUGGGCUGAUAAUGCAAAUGCUUGUGCCAAACAGUAUGCUGGAACAGGAGCCUUAAAGACAGACUUUACAAGGACUGGCAAAAGAACCCAGUGGGGGCUUGUAAUGGACGGUUGGAACUCCCUUAUAAGAUAUUAUAAGAACAAUUUUUCAGAUGGUUUUCGACAAGAUGCAAUUGAUUUGUUUCUUGGAAACUAUUCAGUAGAAGAAGUUUAUUCUGCAAGUCCUUUACAUAUCCAGACAGACUGGAAAUUUCUUGCGUUACCGAUCAUCAUGGUGGUUGCUUUUUCAAUGUGCAUUAUUUGCUUGCUGAUGGCUGGUGAUACAUGGACAGAGACAUUGGCCUACGUUCUUUUCUGGGGAACUGCAAGUAUUGGAACAGGAGCUAUCAUCCUUUACAACGGAAAAGACUUUGUUGAUGUUCCAAAACUGGUGCAAAAGGAGAAGAUGGACUGAAUUUGUGUUUGUGGAAAGCAGCUCAGCAGUGAGAGUUCAUCAAACAACACGUGGAGUCUUUACUGAUCUGCUUUCCACUUCGGUUGUGCUUUUAUCCAUAUAACUUGUCCUUAAUUCAGUAGUAGAUACAAACUCUCUUAAAAUCAACAUUUUAUGCUCUGGAAUACAUGUGGCACAGAUUUAUUUUUUCUUGGUUAUUUGGAAGCUCUUUUAUGUUGGCCGAGUUACAGGUUAUGCAUUGGUUUGCUCUUGGUUCCUGGAUUUUCUACCAAUAAUGAAGACACAACGGGAGCACUGAAAAUCUAUCUGUUGACUUGAUCCAUAUGAUCUGUAUAUUGUUCAUUGUCUAAAUCUGAUUUCACAUUUGUUUUGCAGGUUCCUUUUAUUUUUCAUUUGUAAGAGUGGUAGUUAGAUGACACAGUUAUUAUUUAGUUUUUUGUAAUAGCAUAUACAGAGCUUUUGAAACUAGAAAAGUUUCUUUAGCAUUGAUGCUGGUAGACACUUGAAGAGAAAACCUUUGGUGUUUGAAAGAUCUAUUCCUCAUGAACUACUGUAUACACAUUGAUUUUUUUCCAGGACCAAUUCAUUCAUCUUUACGGUUGUACUCUACCAUGGAAGAUACCAUGCUUUAUAAGAUAUCUUAAUAUCUUAUUUUGUUUUGACUUUCCUGUAUGUUCCUAGAAAACAUGCCCAACUAAUUUAGAAAUGUAGGUGUUCUAUACAAAGUUACAUUUAUGUAUUAAUUAGAACGAAGAUCAAGAUUCCGAUAAUUACAAGUGUUUUUGGAGUUUCCUGUUGAACAUCUAACAUGACCCCAUAUCUCUUUCUGAAAUAGCUAUUGAUGAUGAAAAUGUAAUACCUUUUUUUUCAGCCUCCUACUUUAUUCAUCUUGUGUUGUUUAAAAAAACUCUGCCUUCCAAAAAUAACCUCAAGUUUGAAAAAGAUGUGGGCUGUAUUGCAUGUUCUUAUUUCGUUUAAGUUAUAGAAGUUAAGGCUCUGAAACAUAAUCCUUUUUGUAUCCAUAUGUCUUUAUGCACUUCUUAUUUUGAUACAUAUGAACCACCCUUCUGGUUUUAACUAACAUUUUACACCAAUUUGCAGUGUUACAAGUUUUGGUUUAGCUUUUAUUUAAAUUUGUGAAUUACAGUUUUUUUAAAAUAAGGAAGGCAUUGUCAUGCACAAAACAAAUGUAUGUUAAAGAGGAACAAACAAACAAGUUUACUAUACUGAUUUUAAUUAUUCAUCAAUAUAUAUCAAAACUACUCAAACUUUCUAAAGAAAAAAAUGCUGGAAGGCAAGUCGAUGCAUACUGCCUUGUGGAGUGAUCUUUUACUUAUGGCCUAGAGCAUUUGCACAGUACACAAUAAAGGAGAAAAUUAUCACUAUUUAUUUUCAGACCUUUUAAACCAAACUAUAUAAUGUCUAAUUUUCUUUAUCCAUUAAAUAAUUUUAAAGUCCUUUUCACCUUCUAGCCAACGAUGAUACCCAAGAGCAGUUCAGUAACCCGGAUAGUAUAAAACUUUUAAUCUAAAGUAAUCACAAAUUACCAUUGUUUUUGUAGUAUUUUCUUAAGACAGGGACCAUGUAAAGACGGUUUCUCUAGUAUUGGUCUAUUAAAUGCAUCAGCCUGCAAAGUAUAAAUCUGGCUGCCAUGUUACUUGUGAGAUUACUCAUUGAUUUGCCAAAUUAAAUUUUGAACAUAACAACUAGCAAGAAAAUAUCAAAUUUUCUGCUGGUGUAUUAAAAACAUCAAGAGCAAAAUGCAGUUGCAUGCAGCAGAACACUAUGAUAAAUGCGCAGUUAAUCUAGCUGUUUAGAAGAUGUAUGUAAUUUUUAGAUUGCACGGAGGCUGCAAAUUAUGUUCUAAUCUUUUCUUUAUGCAUCUAGUAAUAUAUGCACAUACCUAUAAAAUUUAUGGACUGUUGCGCUUUUUUCCAGCAAGUAUUUAGGUAUUGUGUAGUUUUGUUUGCUGAAAUUCUAAAUUAUUCAAAAACAUGUCGCUGAUCUUUGUUCUCUGUUUUGAAAAUAUGUAAUAUAGGCAUUGUGGGAAAAUGUAUAUGUCUUAGACCAAAAGCAUAUAUUGUAUAUUUUGCAUUAUUUACUGCAUUGGUAAUAAAGUUAACAGUUUGUGUGUUGUGGAUACACACAAUGUUUUUUGGCAUAUAGGACUUGCAUAUUUACUAGAAAGAACAGCUAUUAAUGUCUUGUGUCUUAUAUUCCAAAUGCAAAAUGUUUGGUUGGUUCCAGUUGGGGACAGCUUGAACAGGCCAAAAAAAUGACUUUGUGCUUCUCACCUGCCACUCAAGGCCUUGAUGGCGAAGGGCAGCCAAAGCAUAUAUUAGAUUUGUGUUCAAUAACAUUUUUCACUCUAUUUCCUUGAAGGGAUACUAAACCCAUUUUUUUUCUUUAAUUAUUAAGAUAGAGCAUGCAGUUUUAAGCAACUUUCUAAUUUACUCCUAUUAUCAAUUUGUCUUCGUUCUCUUUCUAUCUUUAUUUAAAAAGCAGGAAUUUAAAGCUUAGGAGUUGGCCCAUUUUAGGUUGAGCACCCUGGAGAUAGUGCUUAUUGGUGGCUUCAUUUAGCAAACCAAUAAUCAAGCAUAACUCAGGUUCUGAACCAAAAACGGUCUGGCUCUUAAGCUUUACAUUCCUGCUUUUUAAAAAACGAUAGCAAUGAACAAAGAAAAAUUUAAUAAAAGGAGUAAAUUAGAAAAUUGCUUAACAUUGCAUGCUCUAUCUGAAUCAAAUCAUUUUUUUGGGUUUAGUAUCCCUUUAAUAUUAGGUUUUAAUAAAAGUGUGUGUUUAUAUGUCACAAAGAAAAGUAAUGAAUCUGUUUUGUUCCUAGCAAAACCAAAUCAUUUUGGAAUUCUUUAUGUAGGGUAUCUUUGACCAACGGCAAUAACUUCUUUAUAUCAGAUGGACUUUAUGGGAUGCAGCAAGAGGAUAUCUGGUGUUUUAUUCUUUUUCAAAGAGCAUAUUUAUAAGUUAAUCCCUCUGUAACUGCAAAUGAAAAUAAAAAAUGUAUCUUUUGUA